GGCACCAGGGCUGGGGGACCUCUGGCUGCACAGUUUGGUGGUCGGUGGGCUCCAGGUCAGGAGCACAAUGGGGACAGGGUGGUGUCACCCCUAUGGGACUUUGGGUGUUGUUUCUGCCACCCAAGGGCAUGUGUGGGGGCCCUGUUUCACCUUGGGCUCUGGAAGUGAGUGAGGUUUAGAUGGGUCUGAUGGUCCAGAGCCCCCAAAACAGGAGCUCUCCAGGAUCACUUGGGGUUUACAGCCCUGCUUGCACUGCCCAAGAGGGGGAAAAACUCCUGGCAGCUUCCACUGACCCCACUGCACGUCCUGAGUGGACCUGGCUGUCCUUGUCACCCUGUCGCACGGCUCCGGGGCUCGAACCUCCCUCCGCCUGGACCUCUCCCGGCCGUGGCCACGUGUCCCAUCUGGGCUAUAAUUACCCGGACACAUUCCUGGGGGGUCACAGGAGCUUCCCGGAGCGGCGGCAGGCGGUAAGGGGAGACAAAUGCAUGGCACGGCAGAGCGCGGCAUUCCAUGUGGCAAUGCAGGACACGGCAUGCAUUGUGCUGCACGGCACGAGGACACGCCGCAUCGUGCAAAGGCAGCGAGAUGUGGGUUGCAGAAGGUCCAGCUCCAGCCCAGUGGCACCUGCAGGACAGGACCCACGCCGGACACUUCCUGGCCACGGCCGACCACCUCCGCACCGCUGGACAGCUGGUGGACGUGGCCGUGGGCCCGGAGGGUGAUGUGGCCCAUGCUGUGGUCCUGGCAUCCAUCAGCUCCUUCUUCCUCCAGUUCCUGGAGGGCAGGACCAGAGAACUGUGCCAGGGCCCCCUGCCCCACGUCCCGCUGCCGCCCGGGGCCACGCUGUGGGGCUGGCGGGCUGUGCUGGCCUUUGCCUACGAAGGAACCAUGCCCCACGGCCGGGAGCAGGAGGUGGAGGAGGCUGCCCGGGCACUGGGGGCUCCACGGGUGGUGGCUGCCUGUGCCCCACGGCUGGAGGGUGACCCCCAGGAGGGAGGUCUUGAGCCUCUGGAGGAGCAGUGGGAGACACUAAGAGCCAUGGAGCAAUUGCACACCAGCGGCUUGGGCUGCGACCUCCAGCUCCAGGCAGGGGACGAGGUCAUCCCAGUUCAGCGCCUGGCCCUGAGCUGCUCCUGUGACUUCUUCCGAGCCCUCUUCACUUGCCCCAUGCGGGAGGCCACCCACGACCCCGCUGCCCCGCUGGCCACGGGGCUGUCCCCGGCCGAGCUCCGCCUGCUCCUCUCCUUCGCCUACACGGGGGCUGUGGCAGGACCAUGGCCCGCGGUCCUGGAGGCGGCUGAGACCUCCCUGCGCUACCAGGCUUGGGGGCUCCUCACCCUCUGCCUGGAUGUUUUUACCCGUGGGUUGACCCCAGAGACGGGUCUGGACGUGCUGGCCUUCGCUGUGGCUUAUGGGCUGGCCCAGGUGGGCCGUGUAGCGGAGGACUACAUUUUGGCCACGUUCCCCAGCGUGGUGGCCACACCAGCCUUCCUGGACCUUCCUGCACACCUUCUCAUCCGCCUCCUCCGCUCUGAUGGUCUCAAUGUCCUCCAUGAACUCGAGGCCUUGGAAGCAGCAUCCCGGUGGCUUAUGGUCAAUGGAGAUGGCCAAGAGGAUCUAGCCAAGGAAGUCCUGUCAUCUAUUCGCUUUGCCCUCAUGUCCGGCCGGGAGCUGAAGAGGGUCCCAUCGGUGACUGCUGGGGUAGCUGACCCUAAGGUCCUCCACGAGCUCGUGGUAGCGAGUUUGGCUCCCAUGGCCCAGCUGCCGUGUCGAGUGCGUUCCUGGCAAGAGGUGCUGGUGGUUUGUGGUGGAGACAAACUGACAGCCAACCUGGCUGCCCGGAAGCCCAGUGAAAACCUCUGGUUUGCCCACCGCUACCUCAGUGCUGUGGGCCUGGUGAAGAAGGUGGAGUGGAGGGCACUGGGACACUUUCCUGAUGGCCCACGCUUCCGCCAUGCUAUAGCUGUGGUGGGCAACAUCCUCUACGUCCUGGGUGGAAAGCGCUACUAUGGAGUCCGUGACACUCUGGCCAGCGUCUACAGGUAUCAGCCCAUGGACAAUUCCUGGGAGCGCCUGGCCAGCAUGACCUGUGGGAGGAGCUACUUUGCAGCCGCAGCACUUGGGGAUUUCAUCUAUGCCCUGGGGGGCUGCUCGGGGGAGCUCUACUGCACAGACACCGUGGAGUGCUACGACGUGGCCAAGGACACCUGGAGGAGCUGCCAGCCCCUGCCAAUGGCUCUGUGUGGGCUUGUGGCGUGUGCCUUGGAUGGUGCCCUCUACGUGUCGGGGGGGUGUGAUGAGGCGGGCCAGUGCCAGGCGUCCCUGCUGCGCUACAUCCCAGGUGCUCCUGCCACGGUCCUGGCCCCCAUGAAUGGCCAGCGAGCCGGGCACAUCAUGGAGGAGGCAGGUGGGCAGCUCUAUGUGGCCGGGGGGCUGUACCAGGGGGACGGGCAGACUGGCUACAGGGACCAGCUGGCCUUUGAGGUCUACAGCCCCAAGCUGGACAUCUGGGUCCUCCUCAGCCCCCUGCCCCAAGCCCACGUAGUAGGGGGUGCUGCUGUGUUGGGGGGGGAACUGCUCGUACUGGGAGGGUACAGCCAUGAGACCUACCGGGACACACACUUGAUCCACGCCUACCAGCCAGGCAUGCGGCGCUGGAUCACACGGGGCACCUUGCCCCAUGCCUAUACUGACCUCCAAGCCUGUGUCCUCACUUUACCCCCUGCCUUGCGUGGCCCCAGAUGCCUUGAGGACCCCUUGACAUCAUCUGACAGCCCCAAUAAUAUUUAGGGAGGCCUUAAAAGCUCUACACCCCACACUGGGAUCUCCAGGUAGCAUCCAUGGGCACCUCUAAGAGAUGAAAUUGACCCCAGAUCCCUUUCCCAGAAUGGGUUCUUCCUGUGAUUUCCAGCAACCUCCUACCCUUGGACACAUGGCUUAGAUGGUGAGGGUACUGUGGGGCUUUCCACACUGCAACCCUGCAUUCCCCUGCCCCGAAUGCUUCACCGGGAGCUGGAGAUUCCCCAAUUCCCACCCCUCUCCUGGGUGAAAUAAA